UUAUCGAACUUCAAAUGGCUUCCACUUCUUCCUCUGCAACCAUCGCUUCUCCUCCGGCUAACUAUGACAUCUUUCUAAGCUUCAGAGGUGAAGAUACUCGUCAUUCGUUUACGGAUCAUCUCUAUGAUGCAUUAGGGCGAGCAGGAGUCCUCACUUUUAGGGAUAAUGAUGAAAUCAGUAGAGGUGAAGACCUCAAACCGGAAAUCGAGAAAGCAAUCAAAGCAUCCAAGGGUUCGAUAGUUGUAUUGUCUAAGAACUAUGCGACUUCCACAUGGUGUCUUGACGAACUUUGCUUSAUCCUUGAGCAAAAGAGGGAGUGCAAUCAUUUUGUUGUACCUGUUUUUUAUCAUGUGGAUCCAUCUGAUGUAAGGAAGCAAGAUAAAACUUUUAAGAUAGAAGUCGACACAUCUUCAAAGUGGACAGAUGAAAAUGUGAAAAGAUGGAGAACGGCCCUUACGAAGGUUGCCAACUUGACUGGCCUGGUUCUUUCAGGGUCUGAAACAGAGUUUUUGAAGGAAAUCAUUGAUAACAUUUACAAUAAAGUUGCUCGCAAAACAGUUAAUCUUCCACAUAAUCUAACAGGGAUGAAUGCUCGAGAUAAAGAUAUAAGUUCUUGGUUAGAGCAAUCUGAUGUCAAAGUUUUAGCAAUUUCUGGCAUGGGGGGAAGUGGCAAGACAACCUUGGCCAAGUACAUAGUCUCAUCAAWAUGUCAACAUUUUGAAAUCGUUACUGUUGUCGAAGACAUAAGUGGUACAUGUCAAACACAAAAUGGUUUUGAGAAACUAUUCCAAAAUUUUGCCAAAGAUAUUCUAGGAUAUCAGAGGAUGCCAACAACCAAGUACCAUCAGUAUAAUACAGAAAGGGUCUUAAAAAAGAAAAAGGCACUUAUUGUUUUUGAYRACAUUGAUGAAUCAAUACAGCUGGCACAUUUUCUUAGAAUAGAGGAWAUUCAUGAAGAAAGCAAAAUUAUAAUAACAACCAGGAAAAAUAAUACACGUAAUUGGUUUGAGCCUAGAACGAGGUGUCAUGAGUACAAGAUGCAAUUAUUAGAUGCCAAUGAAUCAUUAGAGCUUUUAAGUCUUCAUGCCUUUGGAUUCAAAAGUCCGAUGAAAGGUUACGAGGAGCUUACCAAAGAGGUGCUACAGUAUUGUGAAGGAAAUCCACUGGCUCUUCAAGUGUUGGGUUCCUCUCUAUCAGAGGAUAUUAGCACCUUAUUUUGGAGAAGUACAUUGGAUUUAUUGAAAAGAGAUAUGAACUCUGGAAUUCAACGUGUACUCGUAAGGAGCUACAACUCGUUGCCAAAUAAAAGUUAUAAAGAGUUGUUUUUGCAUAUUGCUUGUUUUUUUGUUGGCGAAGACAAGGAUUAUGUGGAACAGAUAUUGGAGCAUGAUUAUUGUGCAUCAUCUGGGAUCCAGGUCCUAACCAAUAGAUGUCUUCUUUCUGUAUCACCAAACAAGAAACUGAUGAUGCAUCAAUUGAUUCAAGAGAUGGGGAAAAGCAUAAUCCGUGAUGAAUCAAAACACCCUGCAGAACGCAGUAGAGUUUGGCUUAGUAGCGACUCUUACAAGAUCUUGCGUAAAGGAGAGGGUUCAAAAACAAUGGAAGGUCUAGCACUUGACAUGAAAUUGCUUGAGAAGCGCUGUUUAAGCAAUUCAUCAGACUUUAAGACAGAUUCCCUUACAAAAAUGGAUAACCUAAAAUUGCUCCAGCUAAAUGAUGUGCAUCUCACUGGAUCCUACGAGGAAUUUUCAGAAGAUUUAAGAUGGCUAUGCUGGCGUCGAUUCCAUUUAUCAGCCAUACCGUCUGGCUUGUUCCAAGGAAACUUGGUGACUAUCGAUAUGAGAGAUAGCAAGUUAAGAGUAUUUCAACCACCCAUCGUUCUUCAAUUCCUCAAGACUCUAGAUCUUCAAGGCUCAAAGUACCUGUCUGAAAUCCGCGAUAUAUCUCGUCUCCCUAAUCUUGAGACUCUAAUUCUUUGUCACUGUUCUGAAUUGGUUCAUGUUUGUGAAAGCAUUGGGAGCCUUAUGAAUCUUGCUCUAUUGAACAUGACAGGGUGUGAAAGCCUUCUUUGGAGUUUCUAUAUGGACUAUGGAAGGGAACUGGCUUCAACGUCUGGUGAAGGAAGUCCACACCAAACUUCCUUUAUUUUGCCACCUUCAUUAGUGUGGUUAACCCUCAAGGGCAACGACAUUUUAUGCAGUGACUUCUUUCCUCUGAGUUUCAAUGUUCAACUGAAAUUGCAGUACCUGGAUUUAGGAGGAGGCAUGUUUAAAAGCUUGCCUAGUUACAGUCAUCUUAAAAAUCUUAGGGUCCUUCACUUGAGUUGCUGCAAUUUUCUUAAAUGGCUUAUAUGUCUCCCAAGUGCACUUGCAGAAUUGUAUGUAAAUUCUUGUGGCUUGCUAGAGAAAAUAACUUUCGAGUCACAUAAGUUCACAUUGCAAGAGUUUGGCUGUCAUGGUUGUUAUAGUUUGUCUGAAAUUGAAGGCUUUAUAAAAUUGUUGUCAAUAGCCAAACUAGUUCAAGCUGAUUUAGGACACAUGGCAUGGCUAAAAGAAUAUGAACAUCUUAGGGUGCCUCUUUUUGGCGAUAUAAGCGAGGAUGACAGGUUCCACGUUGACAGGUUCCACGAUGCCUACAGCUGGAUUAAGAUGUUGUAUGAAUUCGGUAUAAUGAGCACGUCUCUACCAGACAUACAAGAUCCAAACCUAAUAAAUGGAUGCAUAUCAAAAUCACCAUCUUUGUCCUUUGAGGUGCCUUCUUGUCCCAAGAAUAGGAGGUUGAUAGGAAUGAACAUAAGUUUCAAAUAUACAAUAUCAGGUGAUUAUGAUUGGGCAUGGUUUGCUAAAAUCAGUACCAACGGUGGUGUUGCUUAUAUAUACAACCCCUAUGUCUUUGGCAACCCUGGAGUUGGUGAGGUUGGUAUAUGGUUAAGCUAUUGGCCAAUUGGAAGCAAGUUAAACGUUGGAGAUGAAGUUAAUGUGUCUAUCGUUGUGAUGAAUGGAAUAUUAAAGGUACACGAGUGUGGUGCAACUCUUGUAUACGAGAAUGAAGAUGAUACCUUGAAAAUUAACAUGCAACGGGAUUUGUCUGCAUUCCAACUAAGAACAGGAGCGUUUUAUCUUUGUCGGCGUGAUUUUUUCAAGUUAAUGGAGAUUGGGAGAUUGAUUCCAGGUUGGCUCAGUCACUUAGUUGGUGAUAAUGACAUUGACGAUAGAGAGGUACGAGGAUGGAGAAAGACCGGUGGACCUUCUCUGUUAGACCCAACAGUCACGGAAUUGUAUAACCAACGGCGAACGGGGAAACCAAUGGGAAAAGGGGGAUUUUUUACCAUUAGCGGGUUCCCCAACGGGGAUCGCAGAAACUGUAGGGACCCAACAGGGAUUUCCGAUAAGAUUCCCGAUCGAGGCGGUUACGAGGAUGAUUUUACUUAUCAGUUUCGAGGAUAG